GGCAUUUCCCUCAGCCGGCUUUUAGGACCCGCGCCGGUACCGGCCCCGUCGAUACCCCCAGCUGCUCGCCCUCCCAUACUAUGCACCCUUCCCCUAAGGGGCUCGGCUAUUACCGCCAGCGGUACCGCUCCAUUAUCCUGCACGCACCCCACCGGAGCGUCUUCGCUCUAGUAUGGGCAAACUCUAUCGAAAUUUUCCACAGGCUUCUACGCUGAGUCAUGACGUAAACCGAUCCAUAUAUAAGCGCGCUCCUGCUACGUUGCUGCUUUGCCAAUAAGUCACAUUCCACUAUUUAGUUUGUGAAGAAAAUAAGACAUAAUGCCAAUGUUACAAGACCCCUCCACCAAGUACAAGGCGUAUCCGCGGAUGGACAUGCCGGACCGCCAGUGGCCGUCCAAGACGAUGAAGCGCGCACCAAGAUGGCUCGCGACCGACUUAAGAGACGGAAACCAGUCGCUCCCAGACCCGAUGUCGAUCCCGGAAAAGAAGGAGUACUUCCACAAGCUCGUGGAGGUUGGCUUCAAGGAAAUUGAGGUCUCGUUCCCAUCGGCCUCGCAGAUUGACUUCGACUUCACCCGCUACGCCAUCGAGCACGCACCAGCAGACGUCUCCAUCCAGGUUUUGUCGCCUUGCCGUGAGGAACUCAUCAGACGCACGGUGGAGUCGUUGCGCGGGGCGAAGCGCGCGACAGUACACAUCUACCUCGCGACCAGCGCGUGCUUCCGCAACGUCAUUUUCAACAUGUCUGAAGCGCAAUCGUUAGAGCUUGCAGCCAAGUCUGCCAGAUUGGUCCGUGAAUUGACCAAGGACGACCCGACCCAACAAGCCACCCACUGGUCGUUUGAGUUCUCCCCAGAAACUUUCUCCGACACCAGACCGGACUUUGCGCUCGAAAUCUGCGAGGCGGUCAAGGCUGCUUGGGAGCCAAGUGUGGACAACCCGAUUAUCUUCAACCUCCCAGCUACCGUGGAAAUGUCCACGCCAAACAUCUACGCCGACCAGAUCGAAUACUUCUCCACCCGAAUCUCCGAGAGGGAGAAGGUGUGCAUCUCCUUGCAUCCACACAACGACCGUGGUUGCGCCGUGGCGGCUGCCGAGUUGGGCCAGUUGGCCGGUGCUGACCGUAUUGAGGGGUGUCUCUUCGGAAACGGUGAGCGCACCGGUAACGUGGAUCUCGUGACGCUUGCGCUCAAUUUGUACACGCAGGGGGUCUCUCCUCAGUUGGAUUUCAGCGAUAUCAACUCCGUCAUUGAGGUGGUGGAAAAGUGCAACAAGAUCCCAGUCCACGCCAGAGCGCCAUAUGGCGGCCAGUUGGUGGUGUGUGCCUUCUCUGGGUCGCACCAGGACGCUAUCAAGAAGGGGUUUGCCAUUCACGACGAAAAGGUCAAGGUCGCGGGCGACUCCUCCAAGGUCCACUGGCAAAUUCCAUACCUUCCGUUAGACCCACAGGAUAUUGGCAGAACGUACGAAGCCAUCAUCAGAGUCAACUCUCAGUCCGGGAAGGGUGGCUCGUCCUGGGUCAUCCUCAAGAACUUGGAGUUGGAUCUCCCUCGAGGCUUGCAGGUGGCGUUCUCCAAGAUUGUCCAGGAGGCUGCCGAGAUCAACGGCCGCGAGUUGGUCAACAGUGAGUUGGUCGAGCUCUUCAAGCAAGAGUAUUUCCUCCUGAACUCCGGUGAGGACUCGGAAACCUCCUCUGUCGUUUCGGGCGAGGACUCCGACGAUUACUUCAAGUUGAUUGACUACGACUUGGUCAAGAGCGAAGACUCCUCCAGAUCCAUCACCGUGAUUUUGGAGGUUGAUGGCAUCAAAACCACUUGCACUGGGAAGGGUAACGGGCCGAUUUCCGCGUUCACCAACGCCGUCAGUGCAUCCUUCAACGUUGCGCUCGAUGUCAAGCACUACCAUGAGCACUCUCUUGGCGCUGACUCCAACGCCCAGGCCGUUUCCUACAUCGAAGCGGGCUUCAAGUCCAACAAGACCGGUGAAGCAUCCACCCGCUGGGGUGUAGGCAUCAGCGAGGAUGUCUCUCAAUCGUCUUACUUGUCCGUGAUUUCCAUCUUGAACGGCUUACGCAGAAACGGUACCAUAUAGGCCGAGGCAUUCGAGGGCUCCUCUGGAGGCGUCUCUUUCAUUUCUUCCUGUAUAUUUAUUAAAAGCAAAAGGUAACGGCGUGUAAGGUGUCAUAAAGCGUAUUUAGGAGUCGGGUUUCUGUCAGGUAACCAGUUGAAGCGGCUCGGUUACAACCAUAGUGUUCUCGCAGGGAUACUGGCGGGCCUACCUAAGUUCAGAGAUUCGAGAAUAUUCCCAAGAAAUGGCGUGUCGUGAUUGAAGUUAUAAACAUAAUAAUUAGGUUUGGAGUCAAAGCGUACCCGUGAACACAACACCUUCCCGGUGAGUUGGUUUCAUGGAUUCGCUUGCUCUAGUAUCGACGGGCUAACGCGGGAAACAGAAGGGCUUAAAGUUUUCAAUGGAUAGUUCC